GUGAGUUUAAGGAUAAAAGCAAUCAGAGCUGAAUAUCAGAAGAUGCCUGCAUUUCUCCACGAAGAAGAGCAACAUCACUUGCAGAGGCUGCAAAAGGAAGGCGAGGACAUUUUUCAGCAACUCAAUGAAAGCAAAGCCAGAAUGGAACAUUUGAGGGAGCUUUUAAGAGGAAUGUAUGAGGAUCUGAAGCAAAUGUGCCAUAAAGCAGAUGUGGAGCUACUCCAGGCUUCUGGAGACAUAUUACACAGGUGUGAGUCUCUGCUGCUGCAAGUGUCUGAGCCUGUGAAUCCAGAGCUCAGUGCAGUGCCCAUCACUGGACUGCUGGACAGGCUCAAUGGAUUCAGAGUUGAUUUUACUCUGCAGCAUGAAAGAGCCAAUAGUCAUAUCUUCCUGUGUGGAGAUGUGAGAAGCGUGAAUGUUGGAUGUGACCCUCAAGAUGAUCCCGAUAUCACUGCAAAAUCCGAAUGUUUUCUUGUAUGGGGGGCUCAGGCUUUCACAUCUGGCAAAUAUUAUUGGGAGGUUCACGUGCAUGACUCUUGGAAUUGGGCUUUUGGAGUCUGUAACAAUUAUUGGAAAGAGAAGAGACAGAAUGACAAGAUAGAUGGAGAGGAGGGACUCUUUCUUCUUGGAUGUGUUAAGGAGGACACUCACUGCAGUCUCUUUACCACCUCCCCAUUUGUGGUGCAAUAUGUUCCAAGACCUACCAGCACAGUAGGAUUAUUCCUGGAUUGUGAAGGUAGAACCAUGAGCUUUGUUGACGUUGAUCAAAGUUCCCUGAUAUACACCAUCCCUAAUUGCUCCUUCUCACCUCCUCUCAGGCCCAUCUUUUGCUGUAGUCACUUCUGACCAGAGAAAAGUCAGAAACGUGUCUAUAUGCUCUGGGAACCUGUUUAUCCCAGAAAGCCAUCUUUUUUGCACCUCAUCAAACAGGACAAAUCAGUUAUAUUUAAUGUCUUUAGUUGCAUUCUAAUGUCAUCAAAACUCAUUUAUAGUGUUUCAUUAAAUAUGGUGAAAACACAAAAA